AUGGGACAAGGCUUUGUCAGCUCUAGCUCUGGGGAUCUAUGGACUAGUCUUGCUCCCCAGACCUCUGGGAAUUGCUCUGGGGGUAGCAUAUCUCACCAAGAAGUUUAUUUGGAAGAAGUUAAUACUGGAUUGGGUAGUCCUCUUCAGAGUUUGACCACUGAGAACCAGCAACUGAAGGAACGCAUGAAACAGUUAGAAGAUCAACAGCAAAUGUUGGAAAAGGAGGUAAAAAGACUUAAAAAGGAGGUGACGAUAGGAGAAAUGGAAUAUGAGGGACAGAAAGCCCAAUGGGAAAAAGAGAAGGCCUCACUCCAAAGCACAGUAAAAGAGAAAGAGAUACAAAAUGAUAAAUUACGAGAAAGAUUGGAAUAUCAUGAGAUACUGGUGGAAGAAUACAAGCAAGAGAACAAAAGGAGGAAGCUUGACCUUAGGGAUCAGGAGCAAUUAAUCAAUGACAUCUCGAAAGAAUGUGCCAAGGAAAGAAAGGAAAGGACACACAAGCCAACCUUUAUCAAGAACUACGAGGGAAUGUUGACCGGCUAG